AGAUUUUAUCAAGGCACGGGUGUUUGUUACUGUUGUAUCAAAGUUGCUAGGGACGCCAUGCUUGCUCCCUACACACUCAAGCCAAAAGCAACCUUCAGUCUCGCUCUGUGCACAACCACUGACCAAACAUCAUCUAAGCGAUCUCACUGACUUUACUUCUAUCUUCUCUUCCCUCUAACGACUGUUCUCGUCGUUUUUUAUGUUCCCGAUCUCACUGGCACUCCAUUUCCAUUGUUAGAGUUUAAAUCCCUACACUGCACCUCUGACCGUUAGAUCCCUAAAUGGAGCCAGACGUGAGCAUCGAAACAUCCUGCAUGAUCCGCAUCGCAGUCCUCCCAAUCGGGCCUGUACCUCCCAACGUCUUGCGCGACUACUACUCCAUGUUCCUCCGUCACCACAUCAUCCCUCUCUCUGCCAUCAGUUCCUUCUACACUGAGCACCAGAAAUCCCCCUUCGCCAACCAGCCAUGGGACACCGGCUCUCUGCGCUUCAGGUUUGUACUCGGUGGCUCUCCUCCUAACCCCUGGGAGGACUUCCAGUCCAAUCGUAAGAUCCUCGCCGUUAUCGGUGUCUGUCACUGUCCGUCCUCGCCUGAUCUCGGUUCUGUCGUCGACCAAUUCAACGUCGCUUGUAAGAAUUACGCUUCUGCGCUUGUGAUGCGGUGUUUUGCUUUUUGCCCUUGUGACUCUCAGCUGGAGAAUAGCAGUAAGAAGGGGGAGAAUUUGAGAUUGUUUCCUCCGGCGGAUCGGGAAACGCUUGAGGUUCACUUGCAAACGAUGAUGCAAGAUAUAGCUGCUUCAUUGUUAAUGGAAUUCGAAAAGUGGGUGCUACAGGCGGAAUCUGCAGGAACUAUUCUCAAGACGCCUUUAGAUUCUCAAGCCAGUCUAAGCUCAGAGGAGGUCAUCAAGGCCAAAAAAAGAAGACUCGCACGUGCACAGAAGACAAUAGGGGAUUACUGUUUGUUGGCGGGAUCACCUGUUGAUGCCAAUGCCCACUAUUCCACUGCCUUAGAAUUAGCAAGAUUGACUGCGGAUUUCUUUUGGUAUGCUGGAGCGUUGGAGGGUAGUAUUUGUGCCUUACUGAUUGACCAAAUCGGCCAAAAGGAUGCAGUUUUUGAGGAAGAGGUGAGAUAUCGGUACAAUAGUGUGAUAUCACAUUAUAAAAAGUCAUUCACACCAGACAAUGCUCAAAGGGUUUCACCUUUGGGCUUUGAACUUGAAGCUACUCUGAAAUUUGCAAGAUUUCUUUGUAGAAGAGGAGUCACUAAGGAUGUGGUGGAGUUGCUAACCAAUGCUGCUGAUGGUGCAAAGUCUUUGAUUGAUGCUAGUGAUAGACUGAUAUUAUAUGUUGAAAUAGCUCGCUUAUUCGGGUCUCUUGGUUAUCAGAGGAAAGCUGCCUUUUUCUCAAGGCAGGUAGCCCAGUUGUAUAUGCAGCAAGAUAAUAGAUUGGCAGCGAUUAGUGCCAUGCAGGUUUUGGCAAUGACCACAAAAGCAUAUCGUGUUCAGAGUAGAGCAUCCUUCUCUAGUCAUCUUCAUUCCAAUGAGAUUGGAUCAAGCCAUGCUGAUAGUGGGAAAAUGCAACACCAUUGUGUAGUUUCUUUAUUUGAGUCUCAAUGGAGCACACUGCAGAUGGUUGUGUUAAGGGAGAUACUGCUUUCUGCUGUUCGUGCAGGAGAUCCUCUUGCUGCAUGGAGUGCUGCUGCACGGUUACUAAGAUCAUAUUAUCCUCUAAUCACACCUGCUGGACAGAAUGGUCUUGCAAGCGCACUUAAUAGUUCAGCUGAGAGGCUGCCCUCUGGAACUCGCUGUGCUGAUCCUGCCUUGCCUUUUGUAAGGUUAUAUUCCUUUCCACACCAUUCCUCCCAAAUGGAUAUUGUAAAACGCAAUCCAGCAAGAGAAGAUUGGUGGGCUGGAUCUGCUCCUUCAGGGCCUUUUAUAUAUACGCCGUUCAGCAAAGGAGAGCCAAGUGACAGUAGCAAGCAAGAGCUCACAUGGAUUGUUGGAGAACCAGUUCAGGUCUUGGUGGAGUUGGCCAAUCCCUGUGGUUUCGAUUUAAGGGUUGAUAGUAUAUACCUAUCUGUUCAUUCAGGAGAUUUUGAUGCUUUUCCUGUUAGUGUAAAUCUUCCAACUAAUUCAUCAAAAGUGAUCACCUUAUCUGGAAUCCCAACUUCUGUGGGGACAGUGGCAAUUCCGGGGUGUACUGUUCACUGUUUUGGUGUUAUUACCGAACACCUAUUCAGGGAUGUUGAUAACCUGCUUCUUGGUGCUGCACAAGGGCUUGUGCUUUCUGACCCUUUCAGAUGUUGUGGGUCUCCAAAGCUGAGAAAUGCAUCAGUUCCAAAUAUUUCUGUAGUACCUCCACUUCCACUAUUAGUUUCUCAUGUUGUGGGUGGCGAUGGUUCAAUAGUUUUAUAUGAAGGUGAAAUACGUGAUGUCUGGAUUAGUCUGUCUAAUGCAGGCACGGUUCCAGUUGAACAAGCACACAUCUCACUCUCCGGUAAAAACCAAGAUUCUGUUGUUUCAAUACCAUAUGAAACUUUAAAAUCUGCACUUCCUUUGAAGCCUGGCGCAGAAGUGAUCCUACCUGUAACCUUGAAGGCCUGGCAGCUUGGACCAAUAGACCCUGAUAUGACUGGUGGUAAGCUUGCCUCUGGAAGCAUGGGGAGGCAGUUAAAGGAUGGUAGCAGUCCUACAUUGUUGAUCCAUUAUGCUGGGCCAUUGACAAAUGCUGGAGAUCCUUCAACAAAAGGAUCUGCUGUUCCUCCUGGUAGACGCCUGGUUGUUCCCUUGCACAUUUGUGUUCUGCAAGGUUUGUCUUUUGUCAAGGGUCGCUUGCUUUCAAUGGAAAUUCCUGCACAUGUUGGUGAGAAUCUUCCAGAACCAGUUUUUGCUGAAAGUACCCUUAAUAAAGGAGCUAUUAGUUUGAAAAGUAAAAUGGACGGAUUGGUAAAAAUUGAUCCAUUCAGAGGAAGUUGGGGGCUUCGUUUUCUGGAAUUGGAAUUGUCGAAUCCAACUGAUGUUGUGUUUGAAAUUAGUGUUUCUGUCAAGCUUGACAGCCAUGAGGAUAACCUUUCUGCUGAUCAAGAUGCUACCGAAUAUAGUUAUCCAAAAACAAGAAUCGAUAGGGAUUAUUCUGCUAGGGUAUUAAUACCACUGGAGCAUUUUAAAUUACCUAUUCUUGAUGGUUCAUUUUUCAUGAAGGAUUUUCAGCCUGAUGGGGUUAAUGACAGCAGAAAUUCAAGCUUCUCAGAAAAGAAUGCCAAGGCUGAACUAAACGCUUCUAUUAAGAACCUUAUUUCCAGAAUAAAGGUGAGGUGGCAGUCAGGACGAAACAGCUUUGGAGAAUUGAAUAUCAAGGAUGCCAUACAGGCAGCUCUUCAGACAUCUGUUAUGGAUGUACUGCUACCGGAUCCAUUGACAUUCAAUUUCAGGCUUACCAGAAAUAAUUUCACACAAGAACCUGACAGGGCUGACGACUUCUCUGAGCCAAAAGGUUCUGUGAGGGCUCAUGAUAUGACUCCUAUGGAAGUCAUAGUUCGCAAUAACACCAAGGAAACCAUUACGAUGAGUCUGAGCAUUACAUGCAGGGAUGUUGCUGGAGAGAAUUGCGUCGAGGGUACCAAGGCCACUGUCUUAUGGGCUGGUGUUUUGCAUGGGAUAUCAAUGGAGGUUCCGCCGCUUCAAGAAUCUAGGCAUUCUUUUUCAUUGCAUUUUCUUGUUCCUGGCGAGUACACUCUGGUAGCUGCUGCAGUGAUUGAAGAUGCUAAUGAUAUCCUCAGAACCCGUGCAAGAACAGAGUCAGCUGAUGAGCCAAUAUUCUGUCGAGGUCCCCCAUUCCAUAUUAGUGUCAUUGGGACUGUUUGACCAUUCAGUUGAAUUGUCUUAUAUCAGAUUAUAUACUUUGGUUUCAGGGAUUGCUGCUCGACUUCAGGAAAGCUGUAUGUUUUUGGGUGCUUUGUUAUGGAUCGCAUUCCUCUUUCCUGAUUGCGCCAGCGAUUCCUAUCUUGUACUAUUCUACUCGAUCCUCAAAUGAUUUUUAAUUAAUGGUCUCUGUAGAUGCAUUAUUCAUCAAAUAUCUUCUCCCUGUCCUGUGAAUAGGGUUUUAGUGAUUCCAUAUUCUUCCCCCACAAACUGCGUGGGUUUGCCCAAUUAAAUAAUUUAGUGUUCCCGUAACAGGAACGGACAAGAAUUUAACUCCAA